AUGGCCCCCUCGUCUAUACUUGGACUAUGGGCAAGCCUGGUCUGGAUUGCUCAGGCCGGCUGCCCCUAUGCAGACCCAGCAGCGCUGCACCCUCGAGGGGAGCAUAGGGAAGACUAUCUGGCACAAUUCUCGGUUGAUGACCGAGACAAGUUCCUCACAUCCGACGUCGGCGGCCCAAUAGGCGAUCAAAGAAGUCUAAAGGCUGGUGCUAGAGGCUCAACGCUUCUCGAGGACUUUGUCUUUCGCCAGAAAAUAACCCAUUUUGAUCAUGAACGUGUUCCAGAGCGGGCCGUUCAUGCCAGAGGCGCAGGCGCUCACGGCACCUUCACAAGCUAUGGCGACUUUAGCAACAUCACCUCAGCAUCGUUUCUGAACUCUGCUGGCAAGCAGACUCCAGUGUUUGUGCGGUUCUCUACCGUGGCUGGCUCGAGAGGCAGUGCGGAUAGCGCCAGAGACGUGCACGGCUUUGCCACGAGAUUUUACACCGAUGAGGGCAAUUUUGAUAUUGUUGGAAACAAUGUGCCAGUUUUCUUCAUACAGGACGCCAUUCAGUUUCCUGAUUUGGUUCAUGCCGUCAAGCCCAGCCCAGACAAGGAGAUACCAACGGCAGCUACCGCUCACGAUUCGGCUUGGGACUUUUUCAGUCAACAAUCGAGUUCGUUACAUGCUCUUUUCUGGGCAAUGUCAGGCUAUGGAAUUCCGCGGUCGUAUCGUCACAUGGAUGGCUUCGGAGUCCAUACAUUCCGCAUGGUCACCGACGAUGGCGAGUCGAGAUUGGUCAAGUUUCACUUCAAGACCAAGCAGGGCAAAGCAAGUUUAAUUUGGGAAGAGGCCCAAGUCCUGUCCGGAAAAAAUCCUGACUUUCACCGACAAGAUCUCUGGGAUGCCAUCGAGUCUGGUCACGGUCCCGAAUGGGAGUUUGGGGUUCAGGUUGUCAACGAGGAGGAUGCCCUGAGAUUUGGCUUCGAUAUGCUCGAUCCGACCAAGGUUCUCCCAGAGGAUCUUGUGCCGGUCCAACCUCUAGGGCUUCUCAAGCUUGAUCGAAACCCCAUCAACUAUUUUGCAGAGACGGAGCAAAUCAUGGCAAGUUGUUCAGACCACUCGAGACCGCAGGGUAUUGACUUCACUGAGGAUCCUCUUCUGCAGGGCCGCGUGUUUUCUUACCUUGACACUCAGCUUAACCGCCAUAAUGGACCCAACUUUGAGCAACUUCCCAUCAACAGACCAAGGGUUAGUGUCCACAACAACAAUCGGGAUGGUGCCGGGCAGAAUUUUAUCCACAAGAACAUUCAUCCUUAUACACCCAGUGCCCUGAAUGAAUUCCCGAGACAGGCAAGCAAAGACCAAGGUAGAGGUUUCAUGACCGCACCUCGGCGCAGGACUCAGGAUGCCGCGCUUGUCCGUGAGCUCUCUGAGACUUUUGAUGAUCACUGGACACAGCCGCGCCUGUUUUGGAACAGCAUCACACCUGCUGAGCAGCAGAUCUUGGUUAACGCGAUACGCUUUGAGACUAGCAACAUCUUGAACACGCACGUCCGACAGAAUGUGCUCCAGCAGCUCAACCGCAUCAGCAACGAACUGGCAGGGCGCGUAGCUCAAGCCCUCGGCAUGGAGGCGCCCCCUCCCGAGCCAGCUUUCUACCACGUAAAUACCACUGUGGGCUUGUCGAUUUUCGGCAACAAGCUGCCCACAAUCAAAACGCUGAGGAUCGGCGUCCUUGCCAGCACUGGAAACCCUGCUUCACUCUCACAGGCAGCGGACCUCAAGACCCGAUUCCUGGAGGACGGUGUCGUGGUCUCGGUGCUCGGCGAAUCCCAAGCUGAGGGCAUCGACGCCACGUACUCGCAAUCGGAUGCUACUGUAUUUGACGGCAUCAUCAUUGCGGCCGGUGCCGAGGCUCUUGUCGCCAAAGACGCACCGGCGUCGGCGCUCUUCCCCAUCGGCAGGCCGCAACAACUCGUCGUUGACAGCUUCAGGUGGGGCAAGCCGAUUGGCCUGGCCGCCGCUUCAGAUGACUCGGCGAACAUUCUAAGCAGCCUAGGAGCGACUGGCCCUGGAGUCUUCAGUGGCGAUGACCUUAGUGUGCUGGUCGAUAACUUUAAGGAAGGGCUAUUGACAUAUAAGUUUGUUGAGAGGUUCCCGAUGGACUCGUGA